AUGGCUCGAAUCUUCCUGACUGGCGCCACAGGCCUCAUUGGCGGGGAUGUGCUCCAUGUUCUGAAGACAACCCAUCCGGACUACCGCAUCAGUGCUCUUGUGCGUGACAGCACUAAAGCUGCCACCGUCUCCAAGGCAUACCCUGACGUGCGUAUUGUGCUCGGCGAUCUUGACUCUGCGUCUCUUAUCGAGGAGGAGGCUAGCCAAGCCGAUGUUGUUGUCCAUGCCGCUGCCAACAAACAUAUCAACAGCGUGCAAGCCAUCGUUCGUGGUCUGGCCAAGCACACCGGACCCAAGCCUGGGUACUUGAUCCAAGUCUCAGGUGCGAGCUUGCUCUCAAUCCCAGAUAUCGUGAACAAGACCUUCGGCGAGGGAUCGAGAAAGAUCUACGGAGACAUUGACGAUGCCGAUGAGAUUCGCGACAUCAUCCGCAAGAACGCCGACAAGAGAGUGGUCGACAGCUUCCUUAUCAACGUAACUGGCACAAAGACUGCAAUUAUCUUCCCGCCCAUCAUCUACGGGCAGGGUCGUGGACCCAUCAAUCAGCGCAGUAUCCAGGUCCCAGAAAUCUCCAGAGUGGCCAUCGAGAAGAGGCAAACCUUCCAGGUGGGCAAGGGUGAAAGCACCUGGAGCAACAUUCACAUUUCAGAUUUGAGUAAUAUCUUUGUCAAGUUGAUGGAGAAGGCUGUCGAAGGUGCUGAGGGUGACCUGUGGAACCAGAAUGGUCUCUAUUUUGUUGGUGGCGGACCACAGCUGUCAUUUCGAAAGAUUUCACAGCUUGUAGCAGAGUCCACACACAAUCUGGGUCUGACUGACUCGGUGACUGUCGAGAGUAUCACCCCAAGCGAGGCAGACGGGCUUUCCCCGGCUGCCAGCGUGUUCUGGGGGACCAAUGCUCGUCAAAGUCCCCAGAGAGCAUUGCAACUGCUUGGAUGGACCCCGCGCGCACACUCGUUGGAGCAGGAGAUUCCGACAACCGUCCGAUUGGAGGCCACUCGUCUGGGCAAAUUGUGA